AUCCGGGGUUUCCAUCUCAAUUCCACGUUGACGUGUUCAUGUGUGACACAUACCUGGCAUCCAUCCAUCCAUCCUUUAACCCAUGAUUGACGCCCAAUGUCCUCUGCAAGACCGUGUAACAGUUAUGUAUGGUUGUGAGCUGAUUAAAGCUAGUGAUAUUUUGAUGCGAUACAGUUGUCGUUGGUCCAAAAAUGACUUCAAGUUUUCUUCUUUGGAUCUCUGGUCCUAUUGAUGUCUGAGCUUUUACAUGUGAAAUUUCCUUGCUGGCAUGGGGAACCUCAAUAAGCCUCGUCGUAUCCUCUCGUUUUUUAGUUUUCUGUUCUGGGGUUUGGUCAUUCGUUUCAUCUCAGCCGCCGAUUAUGUUCCGACUGAUAAAAUUCUUCUCAACUGUGGGGAUCCUUCUGAUUCUACCGAUACUGAUGGCCGGAAAUGGACCUCAGAUAUUGGCUCAAAGUUUCCGAUGGCCGGUGGCAAGUCAUCAACUUCCCUAGCCGCUACUCAAAAAGCCUCCGUCUCUCAAGUUCCUUUUAUGACCGCCCGUAUUUUUCAAUCCGAAUUCACCUAUAGUUUCCCCCUAGCCUCUGGCCGUAAAUUUGUCCGUUUGUAUUUCUAUCCCGUGUCCUACGGGAGGUUCAAUGUCUCCAAUUCUUACUUCUCCGUGACUGCUGGAUCAUAUACCCUUCUCAAGAACUUCAGUGCCGCCCAAACCGCUGAAGCUCUCAACUAUGAUGUUAUUGUCAAGGAGUACUCCGUCAAUGUGCCAUCCGGGACUUUGAACUUAACCUUCACACCAGCUCCAAAUACUCCCAAUUCGUUUGCAUUUGUAAAUGGUAUUGAGGUUCAAUCACAUCCGGACAUCUACAAUACUGAAGAUGGAACUUCAAUGCUCGUGGGCCAGAUGACAGCAUUCAUCAUCGACAAUAAUACUGCUCUUGAGAAUGUUUAUCGGCUAAAUGUGGGUGGAAAUGACAUUUCCCUGUCUGAUGAUACUGGUCUGUAUAGAUCCUGGUAUGAUGACACGCCAUACAUUUAUGCGGCGGGGAUAGGGGCUACGGAGACUGCUGACCCAAGUAUGUCAAUCAACUAUCCUUCGGGCAUGCCAACUUAUGUUGCACCCGUUGACGUCUAUAAAACUGCUAGAUCUAUGAGUCCAGAUAACUACGUUAACCAGAACUCCAAUUUGAGUUGGAUUUUCGCUGUUGACUCAGGGUUUUCUUACUUGGUUAGGCUCCAUUUCUGUGAGGUUGCUGAAAAUAUAACUCUUAUUAAUCAAAGAGUGUUUGUGAUCUUCCUUAAUAAUCAAACUGCAGCACCUGAAGCGGAUGUGAUUGCUUGGGCAAGACACAAUGGAGUUCCGGUCCAUAAGGAUUAUGUGGUGCUUGUUCCUAGCGGGCCUGCGCAGCAGGAUCUUUGGCUUGCCUUGCAUCCAAACAUUGCAUCAAAGUCUAAUUAUUAUAAUGCUAUCUUGAAUGGAGUGGAGAUUUUCAAAGUAAACGAUAGUAGUGGAAAUCUUGCCGGUCUCAAUCCAGUCCCUGUAAAACAAGAAGUAAUUGACUCAUCACCAGGUGAACUACCAUCCAACUCAGGUCAAUCGAAGAAUAAAAUGGCAGUUGUAGGUGGAGGUGUUGGUGGUGGUAUUGCUGCAUUGCUUCUUUUUGGUUUAUUGGUCUGCACGCUUUCCCGUCACCGUAGGCACAAAGAGGACCCGAGAGUAAGCCAUGGACCAUCAGGGUGGCUCCCUCUUUCUUUAUAUGGAAAUUCAUACUCUUCAGGCUCCGCAAAGACAAACACUACAGGAAGCUAUGCCACCUCCCUGCCCUCAAACCUUUGUCGCCAUUUUUCUUUUGCUGAGAUCAAGGCCGCCACCAAUAACUUUGAUGAGGAUUUACUCCUUGGGGUGGGAGGUUUUGGCAAAGUUUACAAGGGAGAAAUUGACGGUGGAGUGACUAAAGUUGCAAUUAAGCGUGGGAACCCUCUCUCUGGACAAGGUGUUCAUGAAUUCCAAACUGAGAUUGAAAUGCUUUCAAAACUUCGUCACCGUCACCUUGUUUCAUUGAUUGGUUAUUGUGAAGAGAACUGUGAGAUGAUCCUUGUAUAUGAUUACAUGGCUCACGGAACCCUCCGUGAGCAUCUUUACAAGACGCAAAAACCCCCUCUGCCAUGGAAGCAGAGGCUCGAAAUUUGCAUUGGAGCUGCUCGUGGUUUGCACUAUCUCCACACUGGUGCCAAGUACACUAUAAUCCACCGUGAUGUCAAGACAACUAACAUCCUCUUGGAUGAGAAGUGGGUGGCAAAGGUUUCGGAUUUUGGUUUGUCAAAAACAGGUCCUACAAUGGAUCACACUCAUGUAAGCACUGUGGUGAAGGGUAGCUUUGGGUAUUUGGAUCCGGAAUACUUCAGGCGGCAGCAACUGACAGACAAAUCUGACGUUUACUCAUUUGGAGUUGUACUUUUUGAAAUGUUGUGUGCACGGCCAGUUUUGAACCAGACACUGCCAAAGGAGCAAGUGAGUUUGGCAGAGUGGGCUUUGCAUUGCCAUGAGAAGGGCAUACUUGAUCAGAUUAGUGAUCCAUAUCUGAAAGGUAAGAUUGCACCAGAGUGCUUCAAGAAGGUUGCCGAGACUGCAGUUAAGUGUGUGGCUGAUCAGGGUAUUGAUAGGCCAUCAAUGGGUGAUGUGUUGUGGAACCUUGAGUUUGCUUUGCAGCUUCAGGAGAGUGCAGAGGAGAGUGGAAAAUGUAUGGGCAAAAUGCACAUUGAAGAGGGGUCAUUAGAUGUUGCCUGUAAAGGAAAGAAGGAUCCAAAUGCAUCCCCAGGUUUUGAUGACAAUGCUACAGACUCGAGGAGCAGUGUGACAUCAAUGAGCAUUGGUGGUCGGAGCCUCGCCAGUGAAGACUCAGAUGGGUUGACACCAACUACAGUGUUCUCGCAGAUCUUGAACCCAAAAGGACGUUAAGCUCAAAAAGCAAUCCGCCAUAGCACAUGCCAGUGGUUGUUGAUUCCCUCUAAGGCAAUGUGCUUUGUACUCUUUCUGUUAGUCAAGAAAUUAAUAGUUUCUGUGAACCGUGAAUGUUACUUAUUCGUUCCUUGUUAUUCCUUUACUUACUUUUUAUCAUUUUGGUCACCCAAUAGUUGUGAUCAAAUAAAUACUUUUGUACGCUGUUGUAACUACAAUUACACACGAAGAGUGUAGAAAUAAUAUGUUGAUUUUCCAUUC